AUGGAAGAUGUGCGUACAUUGACACGACAUUGUAUUGAUGGAACAUGUUAUUGCGACUGGAGACUAUCCAUUGACGGUUGUGUCAAUUCAUCCGGAUUACGGAUCAUCUAUCUGAUUAUGAUCAUAUUCUCUGCUGUUGUAGCUUUGUUAUCCUUUAGUAUUUUUCUUCAUCGAUUUAUAUUCAAAGGACAUCGAUUGUUCGAUUUUAAUUCUGCAUCUGUCCUUAAACCUAAACCACUUGAUUGUUUGAUGUUCUUUUUGACCAUAUUCAACUUGCUACGAAUGUUGACUGGUAUCAUUUUAGUCACCAAUAUCUCACAAACUAAUCUAUUGGCACGCUCUUUCCUGUUUGAGUUUGCGUGGCAAUGGGGAUAUGGAGCAUGUGCUCUUUAUUUACUUGGAAUUGCACAAACAUUAGCUGAUAGUCAUAAAUCUACAGCGAGACAAUGGUUACCAUCAACAAGGACGGUAGAUAUUAUAGGCUUGACACUUCUUUUUGCGCCGGUUAUCACCAACAAUAUAUGCUCCAUUGCAGCAGGAGUCAUAGGCUCAAAAGGUACAGAAACAACUACCAGCUUGGACCCCAUGACACCAUCUUCAUUAUCAGCUGUUCACACUGCCGAGAUCUUUGUACGACUUCUUUAUUUAUUUUGGUUCAUUCAUUGUGGCUCAUUGGCUAUUGCUGUACUCUACACUGGCAUUCGAUUAUUAAGAGUAUUGAACGAUCAUCUAAAAAAAUUCAAGCCAGGUGUACUUCAACGACAAAAAAUUCAAGCUGGUGCGCUCAAAAUCCAAAUCCUUGUGGCCUUGAUCUUUCUCGCAGUAGGAGGAUUUGCCAUCUUUUUACUUCUUUAUGGUAUUUUGCGUGACCAAAUCAUGCAGAGUGUACCUGGAAGUUAUGCUCUCUGUGUUUUAUGGAAUUUUUUGGCUCCUUUAGCUUCUGUCUUGAUAUGUCUAGCUAUUAUAUCAAAUCCUCGUAUAGAUGAAAAGCCAGCACUUGGUUUACCUAAUUCAAGCACCGGAGGUAAUGCAUCAUCAUCCAAUCAAAACUCUGCCAAUAUUUACUCCACCACCUCCAACACUGAGGCAUCUGAGUUUCCAGUCAAUUUGAGUGCUACUGCCUUUGAAACUUUACAACAAAUCAAGGAUGAAAUGGUCGUCAGUGGAAAUGGUACUUAUCCUUUUGCUUCCUUCGAUUGUCAACAAAACCAUUCUUAUUACACAACUAAUGAUGAUGAUGAUGAUGAUAUCUAUGAUGACGAUGAUGAUCAUCAUCAUAAUGGUGUUCGUCUUCAAUUAUCAAAAAGUAACCUAAUCACUCCUCCUCCACCAACUGCCACGUCCUCUUACUGA